ACUUUAGGUUUAUAACCUGAUAGAAUGGCUUUUUAUUUGUUUGUUUGUUCAAUCGCAGGAAGAGUUAUUAUUGGCUGAAACUAAUGUUUACAAAUUAAAAGAAAACAGCAUUGUCCGAUUUGGUACUGCCGGCAUUAGCAUAAGAUCGAUUUGUCAAAUUAAUUUUAAUUCAUUAUUAUUUCGCCAAUCGGAGACAAAGAAGAUAAGAAUAAGAGAGUCGCUAGUUCAGACACUUGGUUCUCGUGUUUGGGGUUCACGAGUUUAAACGUCCCCCACUUGUCUCCAGCAUGAAGAAACAGAUCACACGCACAUGAUUAUAAAAUGAUUGGGAAAAAGAAAAUGACGGAUCAACAAAAUACUGAGCAAGAUAUAAAUAAUGAAAAAAAGAAUGAUGAACCCAAAAAGGAUGUUGACAUGAUGACUGAAAGUGAGUUUGACAUAGUGAAUGAAGGUCAGAUUGAGAAUGACAAUAAGGAUGACAUCACAGAAACUGUAAAAAUUAAUGAUGAUAAACUCAAGAAUGAUGGCACUAGUGAAAAUAUAAAAGACAAUAUAUCUAAUGAAAAAAUCGAAGAAGAAGAAGAAGAAGAAGAAAUAGUGACUGAAAAUGUUUUUAUUGAUAAAUACUCUGGAAGGACUUCUCAAAUUCCAGAUUUUGCGGUAGUGUAUUCAUUCUUGGACAUGUUUGGCAUAUUUUUGGACUUACCAUACGUUAGCAUAAAUGAUUUAGAACAAUCUAUUGACUCUACAAAAGAAUUAGCAAAGAAGGAUGAUCAAGGUAUCUUGGAACUUUUGCAUAUUAAACUAUUUCGACGACUUAACAAAUCAUCCCGUUUUUCUUCACUUGCAAGCGGUCAAGCCGAUCGAUUAGCAAGAACAAUACUAAAGUUCACGCAGCUAAUUGAUCUAAGCUGUGCUUGGGACCUAGAACAAUUUGGAUAUCAUAUAUUGAGCAGUGCUCAGAGAUUGACAAUUCUGAAGAGCCUCUGUGAGGUGCAAUUUGACGAGAAUGCAAAAUUUCGAACCAGUUUACAAGAAGCAUUCAAAAUAGAUCCUGCUACAUCACUUCGAUUGAUGCCAUUUGGAUAUGAGCAAGAAGGAUUAAAUAUCUGGCUGCACGAAGAUAGAGAUUUUGACAUCCGAGUGUACGCUGGGGAAGAAGAUGAUGUAUCGGGAAAUACUUGGAAAAUCAGAGCAGGCACUCUGGAUGAUUUGGAUGUUUACAUAUCUCAACUAAAGCAACAAACAGAAGUCAAUCCGAAAGAUAUUGCAGCUGAAAAAGUUAAAGAGAGACGGGCCAAGAAGGAGGAGGAGCGUGAUAAAAGAAGGAACGAAAGAGAGCUUAGACGACAAGAGAUGGAACAGAAAAAAAAAGAACAAGAAAAGAAAACGAAAGGAAAAACGAGACGUUCGAAACAAAAAAAAGAGGACAUCGUUAUGUCCGAAUCGGAAUCUUCGAGCGAAGAGGAUGACGGAUGUGCGCGCUGUUACGCCAACAAGCAAUGCGAUUUGGUUCUUCUCUGCGAUGGAUGUGACGCAGCGUAUCACACGUUGUGCUUACGACCGCCUGUUAUGAUCAUUCCAGAAGGUGACUGGUAUUGUCCAUUCUGUCAACAGAUGAAACUGAUCGAAAAACUGCAAGCGAAACUUGCGGACCUACGUGGAAAGAUACGUGCAAAAGAGCGGAAAUCUAAAAGGUUGGAUUUUUACGGUAUACGAGCAGCCAACAUACUGGAACAGUCAAGUGACGAAGGCCUCGGACGACGAAGAGCAGCCAGAAAAGUGGAUUACAAUUUCACUGAUUACGAUCAAAUGAUAUCUGAAGCAGUUUCGACCUACAAAAAAAAAGAUAACGGACAGCACGGAGAUGGAGCCGCAGAACGACAACACCACCACGAUGGAGAACGCCGCUCAAAAAGGGUUCUUGGCAAAAGGAAAAAACUGAACGACUUAAAUAGCGAUGACGAUGAAUAUUCCAGUGGAUCAAACUAUGAAAUGAGUGAUUCUGAUGUUGAUCGACGCGAUGAUAUGAGAGAUUUCCUUGUUGAUGAUGAUUACGACGAAAUGGAAGAAAGACAUCGCAAUAAGUAUCUGAGGCGAAGUAAAAGAAAUCAAGAUAAAAAUUCUCGUGGUGUAAGACGUCGUUAUGACAACGGCGGCGGUAGUGGGAACGAAGACAUCUUAAGCGAUAGCGACGACGGUUUUGGACCGCGUCGUUCAAGAAGACGAACCCGUUUGACGAAGGUAGCCAGAUACGCGGAAAAUUAUUCAGAUGAAAGUGAUACAAACGUUACAGAAAAUGAUAAAGACACAGACGAAUGGAAAGAAGAAGAUACCGGUGAAGAAGUGGUAGAGGAGGAUGAAAUGGUCAGUGCGUCCGAUAGCGCCGAAACUGAUAACCUGGAAACGCCUCAACGACCUCGUUUGCGUGCUAAAAAGUUUAAUAUUAAAAAGAAACAGAACGUGAUCGAUUCGGAUGAUGAGGACGAAGAUGUACCAUAUGACGAUGAAAGUGACGAAAAAGAGGAGGAGAUAGAAGAAAACGGAGAGGAGGGUAGUAAAGAAGAGGGGGAGGAUGAGAAAAAGGAGGAUGAACUAAAAAAGAAGGAAAAUAAGGGGGACGUAAUAGAUAAUAAAAAAGACGACUGUUGUAAUCCUGAGAAAGACGUUGGAGAUGAAAGUUGUCAACAAAAAGUUGAAAAGAGCGAUACUAAUGAAACAAAUAAACCUGAUGUGAAAGCUUUGGAGAGUCAAACUUUAGGAACAACACCAACUACAAAAUCACUUCCGAAUGAUUCCAGUGCCCAAAGUUGCAGUGAAAAUCCACUUGAUGGUAACAAUUGUUUACCUCCUGACAAUGCAAAUGUAUUGUCUUCCCAUACUUCAGCCAGCAUUAACGCUGUCACAACAAGUUCAACUCCGCGCCCACCACCUAUGCUGCCAUUGAGAGGUCAUUUCGACUGCAACGAUAGCUCCUCGGUCAACUCGACAUCAAAUGUGGCAGAAACGAUUCAUUCCACAAUGUCACCAGAAAUCAAUGUGCGUAUGCCAAUAAGCCGCCAUCCUGGCAUGAAUCCGUAUGCUAGCCCAUCGACCGCAUCGCAUCAACCUUAUCGACCGUACCAUAAUCAAUCUUCAUCUAUGAACUUACCAAUGCGACCAAGAGCAUCCUACCCUUAUCCGCCUACAGAUCGUGUGCCACACUCUGGUCAAUCUUUUUCCUCUCAGCCGUAUCCACCACGACAUUGGUCAGGCAUGAGAUAUCCCCACAAUUAUUACCAUGGCUCGCAUCACCCAUCAGCGAUUACACCAAGUAAGUUUUACGAACCCAGUUGGAAUUCUCCUGAGAUCGCAAGUGAUUGGCGUUAUCAGCCGCAAUCGGAGGCUCCGCAAAAUGCUAUGAACAGUAGGCAAUAUUUUAUGGAACGUGAAAAGAUGUAUAAAAAGCAGGUUAGGGAACAGGCUAAAUUACAGAAGGAUAUGAAAAAAAUGCAAAAGAUGAGAGAGAAGGAGGAAAGAAGGAGAACGGCUUCGCCACCGUUGUUUCAAGAGCAAAAGGCGGCAAAAAAUAUAGGCUAUUUUAAAAAUAUGGUUAUAUCUUCGGACGGUACACAAGAUAAACAAAGCCCUGGUAGUUUUCCUCCGUUUAGUCCAGCUAGACUUUAACUGAUAUUUUAGUUUGUUUUUUUAUUAUUUUAUCCGGAGAUAUUUUGCAACCCAGUUUUUAAAUUGCAAGCGAAAAGGGCAAAAUUCUGGUAGAAUGAAACGUUCGUUACGUUGCAUAUUAUUCCGUAUGUGCGAGGUACAUAAAAACAUCCGAAACGUUGGUUUAAAAGCUUCGCAUUUUUACGUGUAUGACCGAUUUUUAACUUUAUUCAUAGCUUGUAGAUAUAUUACUAUAGUUUUAAACCUCAAUAUAAUAAGGUUGCUCACAA